GUCGUUUUUUUUUACUUAACAUUAACGACGCGAUCGCGGCACGAGCCGCCAUUUUUGUUGUUUAUAAAAUUGACCAAUGACAGGUCAGGACUCAUGAGUCGGGUUACUCAUUUCAUAAAUCAUAAGUCACAACUAAUUUGAAAGUCGCACGCGUCGCUGUUUUAUUAUAAUAUAAUAUUAAAGAAUAAAAACAAUGGGAUUAAACAAAUACAGCGACUAUGGAAGCGGAUCUUCAUCGGAAACUUUCACACCGUGGGGCAGUCAGGACAUGUGGCCGGAGUUCAGGUCGAGUCUGGAGGGGGAGAAGCGCCCGAGCAGGAGACGCACCAGCAGCUACACUGACGAGCCUCGUUCGCUGGACGACAUCAUGCAAGAGUUCAGGAUGAACGGGUUCGACUCCCCGUACGAGCCGGAGCAGGCUGCCGACGCACACUCCGCUCUCAGCGCGUCGUGUCAGUACCUCCGCCAGCGCUCGUGGCCGGAAGCCGCGUGCGACACGAGAGAUCACCAAAAAGUGCAUCACCCGCCACGCCCCGAGGCGCCGAGCGCCCACCAGCUGCAGGUGUUGAGUUCUCUCCCCAACGCCGUGUUGUACUCCUUACUGAAGGAGUUGGAGCAGACUCGUUUGGCUGAAAAAAAACAAGAGGAAAUGGAGUGUCGUUUCUGUAAGAACAACGGCGAGCGAGCGUCCUACUACCGCUCACACCGCCUAAGGUCCCGCGGCAGGGUCUCCUGUCCCGUACUGCGGGCCUACACCUGCAGGAGGUGCGGCGCCCGCGGAGACCACGCGCACACCAUCAAGUACUGUCCGCUAGCCACCAACGACGAGCGUUUAAAAUCAGCCGCCAUGAUGCGCAGCGUGCGCAUGGCGUCCGGUCGUCGGCGUGGGUUCGUGUCAGCGCCAUCUAGCGACGCGCGGACGGAGUACGUCGUGUUCGGAGAGACUACACCGAGCGCGCUCACAGAUGGCGCUGAUUACAAUAACUAUGAACUGGAUCCUCUCUGGGAGGCGCUGGAGAGAAAACUGAUGUUUUAAAUAUUAACUUACCUUAAAAAUUAUAAAUACUAUUGAGGAUGAUUGAAUCAUGUCGUCGCCCGGACGGCGGUAGAAAUUUUCUAUAUAUAUUUUUAUGUUGUUACGAUACUCGCUGUAUUUAUCGUUUAUUGAAUGUUUUGUUUCACAUAUUGACUUUUAUAUUAUGUGACUGACGUCAGUCCUCUCUAUCGGAUGUUUUUAUCGCAUUACAUAUAAUUCUUAUUUUCUUAUCCGACAUCUUUCAUAAAGAAACUAAGACUAUCAAUCUAAUGUUCCUGUGUAUAUGUCAAGUUUAUAUAUACAUAAAUAAUAUCAUUAAUCAUUGAUCAAAUUAUUGUGACAAUCGUGUAGCCGACAUCGUUUUAAAUCUAUGAAUUGUAUAAAGAUAGUUUAUUUCGGUGAGCAAUUAUAAAAUUGUUUGUUGAAAUAACUCAAAAAUCCAUUAACGAAAUGAUUGAAACGAACGAUAACAUCCUACGAAAUAUAAAUAGCAAUGUCGCAAUUCUGUGUCAUUGCGCUUGCUUUUUGUUAAGUAAAUUUUACAUCCAGAUUCCAGUAAUAUUUUACUGUCAUAGUUCGUCCGCAUGUCUCACUUUAUGUAAUUUUGAUAAAGCAAAUGAAUAGUAUUAUUUACGUUUAAUUGUUUGAUUAUCUACAAAAUUACUUAAAAUAUAUUCCUUAUAUUGUUGAUUAUAUUAAUGUGAGAAGCGCAUUUAUUAUUUUUGUUUUCUUUAAUGAUACAUUUGACAUUCGGUGUUGGUGUAUUUUGGGUUCAAUAAACAAAUUAUUAUUGAA